CUCCAUUUCCAUUACGCAGUCUUCACGCUUCAGUAGGGUUUAAGCUCGAUGGUCUCGGGCAGUUUGUUCACAAUGUGCACCCUGGUUUCAAUGGUUCAAUCUGAUGAAUUUGCCGUAUGAGAUUUCAGAUAUCGUAGUCAAAUUCUCCGAAAGAUGAGGCAUUUGCGAUUCAUACGUAUUUCACAUCUUCGCAAAUCUCUAGGUCAAAACCCCAGCUUCAAUCCUCCGGCAAUUUCAACACCAAUUAACUUUCCGGAUCGACAAUCGAAAAUCCAAUAUGUUUCGAGUUUCACGCGUUAUUACACUACUCCUUCACAAGAUUCAAAGCCUGUCCAAUCCGAGAAGGUCUCAGCCAUUGUGGACGAGCUCAUGGGUCUCAGUUUGCUUGAAGUAAUGGACCUUGUUGAAGUUAUGAGGGAGAAAAGGGGCGUCAACGAGCUCCCUCUCAUGAUGGUGAUGAUGCCCGGAAUGGGAGUCGCUAGCCUGAAGGGUGCGGCGAAGGGUGGUGGUCCCAAGGGAGGAGGAGAAGAGAAGAAGGCGGAAAAGACGGCGUUUGAUGUGAAGCUUGAAGGAUUUGAUGCCGCUGCGAAGAUCAAGGUGAUUAAAGAAGUGAGGACGAUUACCAGUCUGGGUUUGAAGGAGGCCAAGGAUUUGGUGGAGAAGGCGCCGACCCUUUUGAAGAAAGGUAUAACGAAAGAGGAAGCAGAAACGAUUAUUGCCAAGAUGAAGGAGGCUGGUGCGAAAGUAACAAUGGAAUAAGAUAGGCGACAGAGCUAGUGCCUCACACUGGGGUUCAGUUUGGACAUGAUGAUGUGAAGUCCAUAGAACUGUGCAGAGCCACUUUCAUUAUCUCAUUGGUCUUUCUCGUUUACAAGGCUUCUUUUUUCUUGAAUGUUCUUAAUCAUUUUUUAAGCAAUGUUGUAGAAUGGGAUUUGAUGGUGGAAUCAUUUUUCAAACUGCCAUACCCUUGAUACCAUUAGUGGAGUUUUAGAUUCAGGGGAUUGUUCAUUUCUUUACCAUAAGUCCAUAUCCUCAAUCAUGUUUAAAUUGUUGGGCAGCGAGAAUCAUGUUUUUGUUUCUUAAAUUGCUUUUUUUUUUUUUUUGAAUUAGAGAAGUGGGCACUGAUGGAUUAGGUUACAAGUGGGAUUGAGCCCGUGACUUUAGUUAUAAGGAAGUUUACAUGUUAUUGGGCUACAAUUCAAUUAAUAUUUUUUAUUUGCUUUGUGCACCAA